CCCCACCCCGACAGACACACACUCCCAUCUCUGGCAGCAGUGAAGUUCUGCCACAUAGCUUCACGGAGUAUAUGCUUGUCUGCUAAUCGAAUUGAGCCGUCUUCACCGUUUCAGAGUUCAUCGGAGUUUUGUCAAGUCUGCUUGUUCUAUAUAGCUCAGUGAAAGAUACCAUGAAAGACGGUUUGUCCCCCUAUUCUCUCGCCUAGCAAGAAUUGAUUCGUCUUUUCCCAUUUCUCAAGAGAAGCUCAAAUCUUCAUACUUGAGCUCUCUUCUGCUGAUGGAAAUAUGUUUACAAGAAUUCAAGUUGGCCUUGACCUUCCUUGAGUUGGACUUCCUUCAUUGAAAUCGCAAUGAAACUAAAGCUAAAGAAAGGGCGGAAAUCAAUUUUGCCACUGCAUUUCAAAGGCAAAGGGGCAAGCAACUUCUGCUUCCUUCCAAUUCCAAAAGCAAAACAGACAGAUAGUUAUGGCCCUGGUGACACCCCCGUUUAUCUUAAUGUGUACGACUUGACACCUAUGAAUGGUUAUGUCUACUGGGCAGGCUUUGGCAUCUUUCAUUCUGGAGUGGAAGUGCAUGGUGUAGAGUAUGCAUAUGGAGCUCAUGACUAUCCAACUAGUGGAGUGUUUGAAGUUGAACCACAACAAUGUCCAGGCUUCAAGUUUAGGAAAUCUAUAUUCAUUGGGACUACAAAGUUGAAUCAUACCCAAGUGAGGGAGUUUAUAGAGCGUCAAUCCGCCAGCUAUAACGGCGACACUUAUCACCUUAUUGUGAAAAACUGCAACCAUUUCUGCAAUGACAUAUGUUACAAGCUUACCGGAAAGAAAAUCCCAAACUGGGUCAAUCGACUUGCGAAGCUAGGUUCGACGUUCAACUUUGUGUUACCUGAAGCACUAAGGAUUGCUGCUGUGCAACAUGACCCUAAUAGCCAAGAAUGCAAGAGUGAGAAGAGAAGGUUAAGAAGUGCAUUUAGUUGUCUUUCGUCAAUUUCAACUAGGCAAA